AAGCGCGGCACGGUGCUGCGGGCACCGAGGAGCUUUCCCCCCGCCGAGGGCUGGCGACAGUUCGUGUAUGGCUGCUUCUAGGUCUCCCCCCCCCGAUAGGUUUAUAUCGGCCGGGAUCGCCCAGGCCGGGCUCGCCGCGCCUCACAAGGGGCCUAUGCGGGCUGCUGCCAGACCCACCGGCGUAGGGGGCGGGAGGUACGCCCGACCUCUCCCGCAUCACAACGCAGCACCGCGGGGGCCCGCGCCCUGAUGCAGCUCCAGGCGCCACGGCACAACCGGUAGCACCCGGGCCCGCGCAGCCGCCUGCUCUCUGCCCCCUUUCCCCCCCGGCUCCUCCUCCCCCUCCAUCCCCAGCGGACCGUAGGGGGGCGGGGGCCGCGUUGUCAGCGCCGCGGCCCGCUCGGCAGGGGGAAGAGACUGGGGACAUCAGAUGUGCUGUUCUUUCCCUGAACUGGCAGUGGAGUGAUUCCUUUAUUGCAGUCCAAGCCAUCUGUGGGAAAGAAAGAGGAGAAAAAAUGAAGUACAUAUUCUUAAUACUUUUCAUGAAUUUAUUACCACAGUACUCUGGGAAGUCUUUGAGAAGAGAUGAUAGUUACCCAAAGAAGUUUGAAGACAUUAAAAAUGAGAUAGCUGGCUACACUGAUAUUGCUAAAGCUAUUAUUGAUCUUGCUGUUCAUGGAAAAGCCCAGAACAGAUCCUAUGAAAGACUGGCAGUUUUUGCUGAUACCAUAGGACCUAGAGUCAGUGGUUCGAAAAAUCUAGAUGCAGCCAUCAAGUAUAUGUUCAGUGCCCUGCACAAAGAUGGGCUGGAAAAUGUGCACCUGGAACCUGUGAAAGUACCACACUGGGAGAGAGGAGAAGAGUUUGCAACUAUGCUGGAACCAAGGAAUCACAACAUUGCUAUUCUGGGACUUGGGAACAGUGUUGCAACACCUCCAGAAGGAAUUACAGCAGAAGUCAUAGUGGUUUCCUCUUUUGAUGAACUGCACAGAAGAGCUCAGGAGGCCAAGGGGAAGAUUGUUGUCUACAAUGAACCUUUCAUCAAUUACAGUGAAACUGUGCAGUACAGAUCACGGGGAGCAGUGGAAGCUGCUAAAGCUGGAGCAGUGGCAUCCCUCAUUAGAUCCAUUGCUUCUUUUUCAAUUCAUAGCCCACAUACUGGAUGGCAGGAUUACCAGCCUAAUGUGCCCCGAAUUCCCACUGCUUGCAUCUCUGUGGAGGAUGCUGAAAUGAUGUCAAGGAUGUCUUUCCGGGGGACCAAGAUCAUUGUGCACCUGAAGAUGGGGGCUAAGACCUACCCGGACUCUCCUUCCUUUAACACAGUGGCAGAGAUAGUUGGAAGCAAGUACCCAGAGCAGAUUGUAUUGGUCAGUGGACAUCUGGACAGCUGGGACGUUGGGCAGGGAGCUAUGGAUGAUGGUGGUGGAGCAUUUAUAUCAUGGGAGGCAUUAUCACUCAUUAAGGAUCUGGGACUUCGCCCAAAAAGGACUCUACGCUUGGUACUAUGGACAGGAGAAGAGCAAGGAGGAAUAGGUGCCAAGCAAUACUACCAGCUGCACAAGGAAAAUAUCUCCAACUUUGAUAUCGUCAUGGAGUCUGAUGAGGGCACCUUCAAGCCAUCUGGACUGGGUUUUACUGGCACUGCUAAAGCUCGGGACAUUGUGAAAGAGAUCAUGACCCUGCUGCAGCCCAUCAAUGUCACGGAUGUUUAUGACACCGCAGACGGAACGGACAUCAGGGACUGGAUGAGAGAUGGGGUGCCCGGUGCCAGUUUGCGUGAUGACCUCAGUAAAUACUUCUGGUUUCAUCAUUCUCAUGGGGACACGAUGACAGUUCAGGAUCCAAACCAGAUGAAUCUCUGUGCUGCUGUUUGGACUGUUGUCUCCUAUGUAAUUGCUGAUAUGGAGGAGAUGUUGCCAAGGUAAUAAAACAGCAAGAAAGAAGAUUUCUGUUCUUCAGUAAAGAUUAUUAUUUCUGUUUUCCUCAAAGCACAUUCUCUUACACAUCCUUGUUUCUGUUUGCUAUUUUGAUAUCUUCCAUUUGUAAUUUUCACUUCAAGUUUCUUCUAUUAAAUACUUUUUAAAAUUCUGAUAAAGGCAUGAUACCUUUUUGACUUUGAUAUAAGAAUGAUUUGUACACAAAUUAAUCCUAUGCAGCAGCAAAAAUAUACCAAAUAAAUUUGCUGCACCAGAAUAAUUAAUGUAUUGGGUUAAUGGACAUGUUUAUGUGUUUCUUUUCUGUCUUUCACUCUAUGCAUU